AUGACUUCUGGAUGUGAAGCAAGGUUUCAACAAAUAUAUUCGUAGACAUGCCUUUAUUAACGUAUAAUGGUUUUUAGACGAGCAAACUGGCCAGCAACUACUCAUUUAAGAAGAACUCGCGCUCUCGCUAGUGCCUAUAUCAAGGCAUCAUCUGAUACAGAAGCCUUCGACAAGGCUAUGUUGGCCUUGAACUAUUGGUUUGACAAUGAUUAUGAACAAAGUGACUGUGUAGAUCAUGGAGGUCGUUCAAGUGGGAACUGUCCCUGUGGCACACCUGGUCUGUGGAACAUGAAUUGGUACCCUCAAGUUAUUUCUGUGCCUCAAUUUAUAGGUGAAAUCUGUAUGCUUUUGAGAGCCAAUUUAACAAACUCUCAAAAGACAAGCUGCCACAAUAUUCAAGAAAGAGGAUAUGCUAAAGUCAAUGGAAUGACUGGCGCCAAUCUGCUUGACGUAUCUUAUGUUGGGAUCACAUUAGGCAUUUUUGAUGAAGAUGCGUCUACUACUAAAUCUGGACUUGAGAAAUUCUAUGGUGGUGUUGUUAUUAGUCCCACUGUUGCAGGUGAUGGGAUUCAAUCAGAUGGGUCCUUUAUGCAACAUAAUGGGCUUUUAUAUAAUGGAAACUAUGGCAAAGAUUUCAUCAACGAUCUUUUGUAUGUAUUUAUUAUGACAAGAGAAACCGGCCUUACUCCAGACACAGGUGUUCAAAAUGCCUUCGAGACGUUAAUGAGUGGCACAGAAUGGAUGAUCAUGUCUGAUAUCAAGCGCAACAAACUCUUAUGGCAAUACAGUACUAUUGGUCGCAUGGUUUCAUUCAAAUAUUCCGACCAUCAAGCUAGUGGUGGUGUUGCUAUCAAUAUUGGUCAAGUAGCUGAGGGCUCUGAAGGGUGGCAAAAUCAACAAGAUAUAGACAAGAUUACAAACCGUCUAAGAAAGCCUUCCACAAAUGAUGCAAACCAAGGCAAUCUUGUUGGUACUCGCUAUUUUUAUAAUGCAGACUAUUUAGUACACCGUGCCCCAACAUACAUUACCACAUUAAAAAUGUACUCCAGUCGUACAGUAAACUCUGAGUGUAUCAAUACUCAAAACCCUUAUGGUUUCCAUCUUAGUGACGGAGCCUUGUAUAACUACUUGACAGGCGAUGAAUAUGUUGAUGUAUUCGGGGCUUGGGACUGGGAACUUGUGCCUGGAAUCACAGUGGACUAUGGUGGAACUCCCUUAAUGUGUGGCGCUACCAAGACAAAAGGAAAAGGGAAGUUUGUAGGUGCUGCUACAGAUGGUAAUACUGGGGUUGCAGUAAUGGAUUUUCAAAACCCUCAAAAUGGAAACUUGCAAUUUAAAAAGACCAUCUUUUUCUUCCCCAGUGGAUAUGCUGUGCAGUUGGGCCCCGUAACAUCUAAAAACAAAAGCGCUUCCUUGGUCACCGUGCUUGAUCAGCGACUACGUAAUGGGGACAUUUACCUGAAUGGUCGGAUCAAGAAUACUGAGACAUCUUAUAACUCUAAGGCAACAAGUAUUUGGCAUGACAGAAUUGGUUACUACUUUCCUAGUGCUGAAUUGCUUUCUGUCAAUUCUAAACCAAAAAAGUCUAAUUGGUCUGACAUUGGUAUCUCAAAAGGUUCCGAAGAAAAGCAGCUCUGGACAUCAUACAUUAACCAUACAGCAACGACAUCGACAACAGACACAACAGGUCUUUUAACACAAUACAUCGUGCAACCUGAUAUAGAUGCAUCUACCUUUAAUCAGAAUGUGGCCGAUGGAGAUAUACCUAUUUACUUGCAUUUCUCAGCAGACCCUCAAGUUAAUGCUGCUUAUAGUCGCGAAGACGACUCGCUGGCAGUCGCUUUCUGGAUUGCUGGUACAUAUACCGCACCAUGGAAGUCUGUAAUAAUCACAUCAGACAACCCUUGCGUGUUAUUAUUACGUCAGACAGCUGAUAAUACCUAUCGCCUUACAGUGGCAGAUCCUUCCCAAACAUUAGAGACAAUCAAGAUGACUGUCCAGAUUCAAGGCAUAAAAAGAACUAUUAUUUUUGAUUUGCCUACUGGCGUUCGCGCAGGUAGAUACCAAGUAAAAACACUUCAUUUUAGCUCAUAAUAACAUUAAUAAACAAGAAUAAAACCUA